AUGAUUACGAGGGGCGUAAACAGAGUAGCAAGUAAUUUAAAAUACAGCGGUGUUCUUAACCUCGGUGGCAUUAGGGGAUUCGCCACUCCACAGACAGGACCUCACGUUGUAGCCUCCCAAGCACCAGGCAACAACACCAAAGCAGCGGCAGUGAAGCACCAUGCUCAAAGACCUGGAAGUGCGCUGGAUAAGGCCAGUGAGCUGUUUUUCUUUACGGAGAUAUUGAGGGGUAUGUGGGUAGUAGCUGAGCAAGCGUUCAAGCCACCGUACACCAUCAUGUACCCAUUCGAGAAGUCUCCUCUGUCGCCACGGUUCAGAGGCGAGCACGCUCUCAGACGCUAUCCUACGGGUGAGGAGAGGUGUAUUGCGUGUAAGCUGUGCGAGGCUAUUUGCCCAGCUUCUGCAAUCACCAUCGAGAGCGAGGCGAGAGACGACGGUGCGCGUAGAACGACGCGUUACGAUAUCGACAUGACCAAGUGUAUCUACUGUGGCUACUGUCAGGAGGCCUGCCCAGUCGACGCUAUUGUCGAGACACAGAACGCAGAAUACUCAACUGAAACCCGUGAAGAACUUCUCUACAACAAGGAGAAACUCCUCGCUAACGGUGACAGAGCGGAGGCUGAGAUCGCUGCAAACAUUGUCGCUGACCACCCAUACCGCUGA